AUGUACAGCUCUCCUGCAAAACGUCGCAGCGUCGAGGAUGGGCCAGCACACAGUGCUGACACCUGCGAGCCCAGCACUUCCAGCCAGGCCGCAGCACAGCUGGCCCAUGGAGAGUGUCCUGUCAAGACCAGCAGCUCUUCCUCUUGCCCUCGGCAGGCCUUCAAACGGGCCUACCCAGAGGAAGACAAUGACUCUGGGAUAUCACACGGCCCACCCGCAAAACGCCGCAGGAUUGACAAUGGGCUGGCCCAGAGUGCCCAUGAAAGCAGCCCCAGCACUUCCAGACAGGCAGCAGCACAGCUGGCCCAGGGCAACUUUCCUGUCAAGACCAGCAGCUCUUCCUCUUGCCCUCGGCAGGCCUUCAAACGGGCCUACCCAGAGGAAGACAAUGACUCUGGGAUAUCACACGGCCCACCCGCAAAACGCCGCAGGAUUGACAAUCGGCUGGCCCAGAGUGCCCAUGAAAGUGGCCCCAGCACUUCCAGACAGGCAGUGUCGGGGCUGACUCAGGGCACUCUGGCUGCCAACAGUCAAGCAGCACGGCCACGACGUCCGUACAGGCCUCCGUGGAUCUUCCACGCAUCCACAACGGACAACCGCUCCCAGCCUGGGCCAGUUCGCAUGAGACACGUCUGGCGGCAACAACGGCGGAGUGACAUCUGUGGGGACAAGAGAGUCAAGUUCAAGCUCUGUGUCCACACCUACUGCCAGAUCCUCGCCAGUGGCCUUUACCCACGAGAGGACACUGGAAACUUUCUUGUUGGGGACACCAGGCGUAUCAUCGGAGAGGCAGCCAAGAAGAGCUGCUUCGUCUGCUCCAAGAUGGGGGCCACCAUCACCUGCUGUGAGACGGGCUGUGACCGCACCUUCCACCUGCCCUGUGCCCCAGAUGGCCAAUGUGUCACCCAGUACUUUGGGGCCUACAGGUCCUUCUGCUGGGAGCACUGCCCACAGCAGGCACUGCAGCCACGUCCCAGCCAGGACACCACCUGCAGCAUCUGCCUGGACACCGUGGAAGACAAAAUCUCAUACAAAACCAUGGGGUGCCCCGCGUGCCAAGACGCCCGCUUCCACCGGCACUGCAUCCAGAGACUGGCUCUGCACGCUGGCACUGGCUUCCGAUGCCCGUGCUGCCUGAAGCAAGAGCCAUUCCUAACAGAAAUGCUCAUCAUGGGCAUCCGACUCUCUAAGAGACCCCCAUCGUGGCAGAGUGACCAAGAGGUCGGACCCUCCUCAGAUCAGAGGCACGGCCGCUGCGAUGCCUCAAGGUGCCUUUGUUUGCGAGGCAGGGAGCACGUGGAGGCAAACGGACCCUGGCAACUGUGGCUGUGCAGCUCCUGCGCUGCUGAGGGCACCCACAACCUCUGCUCCUCUUUGGAGAGCACCACCUGCUCCUGGGAGUGCAGCACCUGUGCUGCCACAGGCACUGGUAGGCAUCAAAGCAUUUCCUGCCACGCAGUGCAGACAGGGGCCAGGAUGGGCCUGACAGCAGGACCUUCAGCACAUCUGGGCUCCAGGAGGGCUCUGGAUACCUCAGUGGCCUCUCCUGCCUGCACCCGGGGCUCUCCUGACGACCUUCCUGCUGCCCCUCUUUGCAGGUUCCUCAGAGCUUGUGAGCCCCAAAAAUUCCAGCCAGGAACUGGCUGCACUGUCCCAGAGCACGGUGCUCCUCAAGAGCAGCUCCUCCAUCAGCCCUCGACAGGCCUUGAAGCGGCACUACGCUGAGGAAGAAACACCAUCGUGGACAAUGUACAGCUCUCCUGCAAAACGUCGCAGCGUCGAGGAUGGGCCAGCACACAGUGCUGACACCUGCGAGCCCAGCACUUCCAGCCAGGCCGCAGCACAGCUGGCCCAGGGAGAGUGUCCUGUCAAGACCAGCAGCUCUUCCUCUUGCCCUCGGCAGGCCUUCAAACGGGCCUACCCAGAGGAAGACAAUGACUCUGGGAUAUCACACGGCCCACCCGCAAAACGCCGCAGGAUUGACAAUGGGCUGGCCCAGAGUGCCCAUGAAAGCGGCCCCAGCACUUCCAGACAGGCAGUGUCGGGGCUGACUCAGGGCACUCUGGCUGCCAACAGCCAAGCAGCACGGCCCCGACGUCCGUACAGGCCUCCGUGGAUCAUCCACGCAUCCACAACGGACAACCGCUCCCAGCCUGGGCCAGUUCGCAUGAGACACGUCUGGCGGCAACAACGGCGGGCAAAAAAGCCCUACAGCCGGCCACAAUAACAACAGCACAAGCUGUCAGCCAGCCCAAAGCCCCCAUCACCCUUUGCCACCAAAGACAGAAAGAUAGAUAGAUAGAUAGAUAGAUAGAUAGAUAGAUAGAUAGAUAGAUAGAUAGAUAGAUAAUUAUAUAGGGAAGUAGAGAGAUAGAAUGAUGAACACACAGAUUCAUAGCUACAUAGAUACAGAGAUAAGAAAUAAAGUUGUUUUACACUAUGAGAACCCA